GGAAUCCUGUUCGCAUAGAUGUCGAUCAUCAUUCCCUUUUCGGUGGUGAUAGAGGAGUUCAAAAUUAUGGUAACGAAGCCUUUUCAUCCGGGACCAAAAGAAAAACUAGAACGAAAUGUAAUUGCAUUGAAUGCAAUCCGGAUUACGCUGGAAAUCCGAAUCCCGCUCCGAACGUUUUCCAAUGCAACCUGUGUCAGAAAUGUUUCACUAAGUGUAAAUACUUUCGAAGGCACGUCAGUUUCAUGUUCUCAUAUCAGUUGCAGUCGCACAGGUUGACACACACGCACGGCCAGAAACCAUUCCAGUGCAAUAUAUGCAGAAAAGCUUUCACAUCUAAAUAUUAUCUAAAACAACACGAAUGGGUUCACAAUCCCAUGACUCCGUUCAAGUGUCGGAUCUGCGGAAAAGGUUACAGCAGCGAAGGAUAUUUCAAAAGGCACGAAUUGAGUCAUUCGCAAUAA